CUGUUGGUAAGUGUGCAUGACGUCAGCAUUUGCGCACAGCCGCAGCAGUUGAGAAGAAGAUGGUGGUCAUCAAAGAAUAUCGGGUGGUCCUGCCCUGCUCUGUAGAAGAGUACCAGGUGGGCCAGCUCUUCUCUGUGGCGGAGGCCAGUAAGAACGAGACGGGCGGUGGGGAGGGCGUGGAGGUGCUGAAGAACGAGCCCUACGAAAAGGAUGGAGAGAAAGGACAGUACACACACAAGAUCUACCAUCUACAGAGUAAAGUCCCUGGGUUUGUGAAGAUGAUCGCACCCAAAGGCUCUCUGGCAUUCCACGAGAAGGCCUGGAACGCGUACCCCUACUGCCGAACCAUUGUGACGAACGAGUACAUGGGCGAUAACUUCAUGAUUAAGAUCGAGACGUGGCACAAGCCCGACCUGGGGACGCAGGAAAACGUCCAUGGGCUGGACGCGGCUGUUUGGAAGGACGUGGAAGUGGUGCCCAUCGACAUCGCGGACAGGAGCCAGGUGGCUCCCAACGAUUAUAAACAGGAGGAGGACCCGGCUUUGUUCAAGUCAGUGAAGACGGGCAGAGGUCCUCUUGGGCCCAACUGGAAGAGCGAGCUGGAGCAGAACCCGGACUGCCCCCGCAUGUGCGCCUACAAGCUGGUCACCGUCAAGUUCAAGUGGGCCGGCCUCACCAACCGGGUGGAGCGCUUCAUCCACAAGCAAGAGAAGAGGAUCUUCACCAACUUCCACCGGCAGCUGUUCUGCUGGCUGGACCGGUGGGUGGAGCUCACCAUGGAGGACAUCCGCCGCAUGGAGGACGAGACGCAGAAAGAGCUGGAGGAGAUUCGGCAGAAAGGUUCGGUGCGAGGGACCUCGGCUGCCGACGACUAAGCCCCCCCCCCCCCCCACCCCCCCCCCCCGUAGCUCGGCCUGCCUUCGAAAGGAAGGCGAUGUUCGCGGCACCAGCGCUGCGAACGAAGGUUGAAGCUGCCACACCCAGCUGAAUUUAAAAACGUCACCAUGACGACGACGGAGGAGGAGGAGGCAGAAUGGAGAUAGUCUCACCUGUAGGGGGCAGUCUUCCCCCUUCAGCCUCACAGAUUUUCCAGGGUUACCAUCGAUCAUUAGUACUGUUCCCCAGCUCACCCAAUCACAAGCGUCCUUUACAUACAACCAAUUAAAGAAAAAAUUAGAGAAUAUAUAUAUAUUUUUAAAAAUUGUACGAAUCGUGAGGACACUAUAUAUGUAUAAAUAUGUAUUUCACCAGGGCUGCUUUUCUGGUGUUCAGUAAAAACCAUUUAAAGCAGAAUUAGGAGAUGACUGUAGAGUGUAGCUCUCAAACUCAACCCCUUCAGCUGUUAAAACCUCAUCCUGGCUUCUGUCUGUCAAAGCCUUUCUUCCUUUUGGUGUGUAAAGUCUGCAGUUUUGUUGGGUUUUUUUCCCCUUUAAUUUGUUUGUUUUUGGUUUAUUCUGUUUUUGACAGGCUGUCUAGACCCCCCCCCCCCCCCAGUGCCUAGACCCCCCCCCCCCUGUUUAUGGCUGCUGAACCUGCAGAUGAGUUCUGAUUGGCUGGCAUGUAGAUUGCUCUGAAGAUGCUUUUGACAGAUUGCCCCCGGCCCGCCACCCCCACCCCCCCCCCCAACCCAAAAAAAAUUCCCGCUUUUUAAUCAUGAACAGAAAACCAUAAAACCUAGACAUGGUGGUUAAGAUUCUCACUUUCCACCAUCAUUUGUACACACACACACA